GUGAUCUAAUAUAUUUAUGAUGUCACUUUUUAAAAAACUAACAUAAUUAUUCUUUCAUUUUGUUUUUGCUUAUAAGUGAUAUUGAAAAACGGAAAUUUUGUUUUUAGGGGACGGCGCUAUAUGCGGAGCGCGCAGUACCUCAACCAAAUUAAUCCCGCCCAAAUUAAUACCUCAAUCUAAUUAAUCCCGCCCAAAUAAACCCGCGCGAUGAAACCUCUUUGCAUCCUCUCUCUCUCUCUCUCUCUCUCUUGACGAUCUGGUACUAGCUUGCUCCCACUCUCAGCCUCCUUAUCAGAACAGAUAACAUUACUUCCGCAAGGCAAGGCCAAUAUCUUUUCAUAGUAGUCGAGGAGGGGUUUGACAUCGUGUGGCGGCCUGUGAUAUUUGCCGUUGAUUGAUCUUGGUCACUGGCCACUUGCUCCGCCAUUGUUUUGGUCACCGAUUGGCUCGAUAUCAAACAGUGUUGAUUGAAUUGCUCUCAGAGGUCUCGUCUCGAUUGUCAAGAUCAAUCAUCUAGUUGGAAGAGAAAUCUAGGUGCUCACUGUUGUUGAAGAGCUCCAUUAGAUCCAAAUACACUUCUUGGGUUUUUCUUGUUACUAAGGGGACAAAAAACCUACCUAAUUGGAUAGAUCCUGGAUGCUCAAGGAUCGAAGAUCAAAAGACUAUGAGAAUGGGGUUGAACAUUUUUUGAACACUGCUGUGAUACAUGCGAGUGAUCCUCAAUCCAUCCGAUGUCCAUGUAGGCUGUGUGGGAAUUUGAAAUGCCAACCUGUUGAAGAGAUUAGAAAUCAUCUAUUUUUCAAUGGUAUCGACCAAAGUUAUCUUACAUGGAUUUGGCAUGGAGAAGCGGCUACCGAUAGAGCCUUGCCAUUUGUAAACACAAAAGAUAUUCCUGAUCAAGAAGUUGACAUAUCGCCCUUACGUGAUACAGCACAAGCUGUAGAAAUGGUUGAAGCUGCAUACAAUCAUUGCAUCGCUGAUCCUAAGGAGUUCAGAAAAUUGAUCGAAGAUGCAGAAAAACCUUUGUUUCCUGGUUGCAAAAAGUACUCGAAAUUAUCUUGUUUGGUCAGAUUGUUUAAAUUCAAAGCUAACAAUGGGUUGCCUAACAAAGGGUUUUUGGAAUUGCUAGAGAUAAUUGGUGACUUUUUACCAGACAAUAAUGAGGUACCGCCAACCGUAUAUGAGGCUAUGAAGACCAUGACUGUAUUGGGAAUGGGGUAUGAGAAAAUACAUGCAUGUCCUAAUGAUUGUAUACUCUACAGAAAGGAGUUCCAAGAUUUAGCUUCAUGUCCAACAUGUAACACAUCAAGAUGGAAGUUGAAGAAAAAAUCAAAUGAACCAAGGAUAGGCGUGCCAUCGAAAGUUUUGUGGUAUCUUCCACCUAUCCCAAGGUUUCAAAGAAUGUUUCAGUCGCCAAAAAUAGCAAAGGACUUGACAUGGUAUGAUGAUCAAAGAGUUUCUGAUGGCCAAUUACGUCACCCAUCAGACUCUCCGUCAUGGAAAUUAGUCGACCACAAGUGGCCAGAUUUUGCUGCGGAGCCUCGAAACCUUCGGUUAGCUCUUUCUGCAGACGGAAUAAAUCCACAUAGUUCCUUUAGUAGUCGCUAUAGUUGUUGGCUUGUUAUACUGGUUAUCUACAAUCUUCCGCCUUGGUUGUGCAUGAAGAGAAAAUUUAUGAUGUUAUCAUUGUUGAUAUCUGGUCCGGCUCAACCUGGUAAUGACAUUGAUGUUUUCCUUGCACCAUUGAUUGAUGACUUGAAAAUAUUGUGGAAGGUUGGUGUUGAAGCUUAUGAUGCUUACCGAAAACAACAUUUUACAUUGAGGGCCGUACUCUUAUGGACAAUUAACGAUUUUCCCGUGCUUGGGAAUUUGAGCGGUUGCAUAACGGAGGGAUAUUAUGCAUGCCCAAUUUGAAGCGAAGGAACAGAUUCUCAAAGAUUAAAGCGUGGUAGGAAGAACAUUUAUGCCGGCCAUAGAAAAUUUCUUCCACGCUACCAUCCGUAUCGAAGGCAAAAGAAAGCAUUUCAUGGCGAGCAAGAGUUUCGAGAAGCUCCGAAACCAUUAAAUGGAGAAGAAGUGUUAAAGAAGGUAGAAGGGAUUGAAAUUCUUUGGGGGAAGAAAAAUAAAAAGAAGCCCUCAGAUAUUGGUACUAGUUGGAAGAAGAAGUCAAUUUUUUUUGAACUUGAAUAUUGGAAGUACUUGUAUAUCCGACACAUUUUAGAUGUUACGCAUAUAGAGAAGAAUCUGUUGGAGAGCAUCAUUGGUACGCUACUUAAUAUUCCAGGCAAAACAAAGGAUGGAGUUAAUUCUCGUCUAGAUGUUAUAGAGAAAGGCCUACGGGAAGAGUUGGCACCGGUAAUUGGAGAGAAGCGAACGUACCUACCUCCGACAUGUUAUACAUUGUCUAGGGAGGAGAAGAAAAUAUUUUGCACAACAUUGUUAGAACUCAAAGUCCCUGAUGGGUACUCUUCGAAUAUUAGAAGUAAGGUCUCGAUGUCAGAUCUAAAGCUUUAUGGUCUCAAGUCACAUGACUAUCAUGUACUGAUGCAACAGUUGCUACCUUUGGUACUACGUUCUGUGUUGCCUAAAGAAGUGAAAUAUGCCAUCACAAGAUUAUGUUUCUUUUUCAAUGCUAUUUGUAGCAAAGUGGUGGAUGUGCCGAAAUUAGAAAAACUUCAAUCAGAUCUUUUGAUUACAUUAUGCUUAUUUGAAAAGUACUUUCCGCCGUCAUUCUUUGAUAUCAUGGUUCAUUUGACGGUACAUCUUGUCAGAGAAGUACGACUUUGUCGACCUGUUCACUUUCGAUGGAUGUAUCCAUUUGAGAGGUACAUGAAGGUCUUAAAGGGUUAUGUGUGUAAUCGUAAUCGUCCGGAGGGUUGCAUUGCUGAAAGCUACAUUGCAGAAGAAGGUGUUGAGUUUUGCUCAGAUUACUUAUCUGGGAUGGAUUCUAUUGGGGUUCCUGUGGAUAGAAACACGACUUUCGAGGAUUCAGCAAUUGGAAGGUCUUUACCUGGUGGUCGUGUUACUGCCAUUGAUCGUGAAGAAUGGGAGCAAGCUCAUCGUUAUGUGUUAGAAAACACAAAUGAAGUUCAACCGUACAUUGAAGAGCAUAUGGCAUUCUUGAAGGAACAUCAGCCUCGUCAAUCAAAAAGUCAAACGUGGCUACAAAUUGAGCACAAUAAAAAAUUUAUAUAUUGGCUCCGUGAAAAGGUACAAUAACCCUUAAUAUUUGUCAAUUCAGUUUUGUAUAUCAUUAACAAACUUACCGUUGACCAACUUGACUAAUCAUUUAACUGUAUGCAAGUUGCUGAUGAGCUAAAUAGUAACAAAAAGCAUAUUUCCAAUACCCUAAAGUGGAUAGCACAAGGUCCCCAUUUUGAUGUGAUCAAAUACUCCGGCUACAUCAUAAAUGGUUAUCGUUUUCACACAAAAGAUCGUGAUAAUUCACGAGUCACCCAGAAUAGUGGAGUUAGCUUGGUGGCAAUAGCAAUGCAAGUUACUAAUA